AUGCGGGCUGUCAUCGCCUUGUCUGUGGCGCUGGGCAGCCUGCUGCUCGGCGGCUGCCUCCUGCGCCUGGGCGGCCAGCAGCCCCUCCGCGCCAGGGGCUGGGAGGAGGACGCCGGAGUAGCUGCUGUCACGCCGAAAGUGGUGCGAGCCCUCAGGUCCCCCCUAACGUCCCUUCCUCAGACCGAGAACAGAACAACUGUUAAUACAAAUGGAAUUUACCAGUUUGAACAGGCUUCAAAAUGUAAGGCAAUUCAGGACAGCAUUUUGUCAUCAUCUAUCAAGAAAAAAAGAUAUUCAGAAGAUUAUUAUCUUCACAUAGUCACAAAACUGCAGAACUGCACCUGGAUAAGAAAACCAGAAGAAUCUACAAAAUUCAGGUCAGAAUUAGCUUCCUGCUGUGGUGCAGUUCACCAUUUUAUUGCUUCUCAAAACAACACCCCACUGGGAAGUAACAUGAGUUACGAAGUGGACAGUAAAAAGACCAUCCUCAUUACAGAGGAUGUAUUUAAGAUGCUGCCUGUGUCCUCUCCUCUUUCAGUCUAUCCCUUAAAGACCUGUGCCGUGGUUGGAAAUGGAGGCAUUCUGAAAAAUUCCAGCUGUGGAGCUGAAAUAGAUCAUUCUGACUUUGUGUUCAGGUGUAACCUCCCUCCAACCACGGGAAGCAUUAGCAAAGAUGUUGGCAAUAAAACAAACCUUGUGACUGUUAAUCCGAGUAUCAUAGCUCAGAAAUACAACAAACUAAAUGAAAAAAAGACAGAAUUUCUGGAGAACAUUGCGGUCUAUGGAGAUGCUUUCCUUUUAUUGCCAGCAUUUUCCUUCAGAAGCAACACAGCCACUUCUUUUAAAGUAUAUCACACUCUGCAAGAGUUCAAAGCAACCCAAAGGGCAAUAUUUUUUCACCCCGCCUAUCUGAAAAGUCUUGCCCAGUUCUGGAGAACGAAGGGUGUGAAAGCCUACCGGUUGUCAUCUGGUUUUAUGAUCACUAGUGCUGCUCUUGAGCUGUGUGAGAGUGUGAAGCUCUAUGGCUUCUGGCCUUUCUCAAAAUCCACAGAGAAGAUGCCAAUCAGCCACCACUAUUAUGACAACCAGCUGCCUAAACCGGGUUUCCAUGCAAUGCCCAAAGAAUACAACCAGAUCCUUCAGCUUCAUGGCAAAGGCAUUUUGAAGUUGCAAUUUGGUAAAUGUGAAUCAGACUAAAAAGGGUGACGAUCCUAAGGAGACAAUUUGUCUAUCUGCUGUCUAUCUCAGCAGUUCGGUGUUGGAUUUGGUCUGAUGUGAUUUUGUGAGCAUUAAACUGCAUUAUUACAAUAGAGAAAUAUUUUACACUUGGGGAGAAAAGUCGCACAGUGACUGCUACAUUUAUGAGUUUUGAGUAAUCAUUUUUUAAAAUACAAAAUAGCAUUUAUUUGGGAAAUUCUGAAACUCCUGAUUAUCGAUUUAAUCGUAGCAAAGCACAAUCUCAGGAUAGUGGCAAUAUGUGACAUUCAUCAUGUUUUGCCUCUUACAGUAUCAUUAAAACAUUUUGACAUGAGAUCUCUGGUUUUGUUAAUAUCACGUAAUACAGGCAAUAGUCUCUGUAUGGUAGCUGCAUGAGUUGGCAGUGAACAUUUUCAAUUAAGAACUUGAUCCUGUAAACACUAGCAUUUGUCUACAUGAGAAAGGUGAUGAGAAGAGCUACAGAGGACUAAUUAAUUCAGAGCCAUGUGAUUCUUAGUUUGUCCCAGGGUGCACAGAUGAAAAAUUCUCUCAGGUUAGAGACAGUCAAGUGGUUUAUGGGCUUUCAUUUUGUGGGCAAUAGAUAAUGCUGUGGAUGUGAAUGAUGUUAAUUUUGUGAACAAGAAGGACCAGAGCUGUAUAACUGUUUUUAAACCCCUUUUCUUCCUUCUGUUCCUGUCUAAGGUCCAGCUCAGCUCCAAAUGAGGACAAUAAACUAGGUUCCAUGCUGCAAUCCUCAGAGUCCUGGUAGGGCAUGGCUUUGCACACAUUCCUGCAAUCCCAGAUCUGUAUCUCAGCUGACAUAAGAGAUGGACAAUUCAUUAGAAAAAUGAUUGGGACCAAACCUAUCAUUUCUUCUAUUUCUUUUUCACCUAGCAUAGCUAGGUGACUUAUCUGUGACUACAGAUAAGGAAACUGCACUAAACAUUAUUCAAAGAAAGUUCCUCUUACAGUCAACCCCAAGGUCUUCUCCUGUACCAGGACAUAUGA